GAACUAAUUUGCUCGGUCUAUAAAAGCCGCGUUUCAAAAUGAAAACAUUAUACUUUCUAAGCAAAUCUAGAGUCUAAAGCAAUAUGGCCCACAUUGGAACUUUUAUCGCAAUCGCUCUGUUGGCAGCCGUGGCUCAACCUAAUUGCCCAGGAGGUUGUGCUGGUUGGGUGAAACAAGGCUAGAAUGAUGCCAAAUUAAAUAUGGUUUUAAUCAAAUACAUCCCGGCAUUGAAAAACUAA